AUGUGGAUGUGUGGUUUGUUGCUGGGGUCUGACAUCAGGGGAGUGCUGCUUUUAAUUUUUGCUCUUCUCAUCAUAGCAUAUUUUCUGAAGAAAAAGGAUCCACCUAACUUUCCUCCGGGACCACCAACUCUCCCUCUCUUAGGAAAUGUCUUCAGCAUUGAUCCUAAACAACCUCACAUUUACCUAACCAAGCUAGCUGAUGUUUAUGGGAAUGUGUUCUGCAUGCGCCUGGGAAGAGACAAAACAGUGUUUGUAACUGGGUGGAAGAUGGUGAAGGAAGCUAUAGUGACACAGGCUGACAACUUUGUAGACCGGCCUUAUAUCCCAAUGGUUACCAGAAUAUAUUCAGGAAACUCAGCGGGUCUUUUCUUUAGUAAUGGGAUGGUGUGGAGGAGACAGCGACGUUUUGCCAUGGCCACAUUACGCACCUUUGGAUUGGCCAAGAGCUCCAUCGAGCAGAGCAUUUGUGAAGAGAGCCGCCAUCUCCAGGAGGCCAUGGAGAAGGAGAGAGGUGAGCCUUUUGACCCUGUGCCCCUCUUAAACAACGCAGUGGCCAACAUAAUCUGCCAGAUAGUCUUUGGGAGACGGUUUGACUACAGUGACCACAAGUUCCAGAGCAUGCUGAAGAACCUGACAGAGAUGGCCUAUCUGGAAGGCUCCAUAUGGGCUCUACUCUACAAUGCAUUCCCAGCACUGAUGAAACAUCUGCCCGGGCCUCACAAUGACAUCUUCAGCAACUCUAAGUCAUUGGAGGCAUCCAUCAGGUCUGAGAUAGAGAGGCACAAGUUGGAUCUGGACCCCAGCAACCCACGAGAUUACAUCGACACCUUCCUCAUCGAAGAGAAAUGCAACAGAAACAGUGAACUGGGCUUUGAUGAAAGAAACCUGGUUCUGUGUUGUCUGGAUCUAUUCUUGGCUGGCAGUGAAACCACCUCAAAGACCCUGCAGUGGGGCCUCAUCUACCUCAUCAAGAACCCUCAUAUUCAAGACAAAGUCCUGGCAGAGAUAGACAGUGUGAUUGGACAGACCCGACAGCCAACGAUGGCUGAUAAACCCAACCUGCCCUACACUGACGCUGUCAUCCAUGAGAUCCAGAGGAUGGGAAACAUUGUUCCUCUCAAUGGAUUAAGAAUGGCUGCCAGGAAUACGACAUUGGGCGGUUACUUUAUUCCCAAGGGAACAUCUGUGAUAACCAACUUGACAUCAGUCCUGUUUGACAAAGAUGAAUGGGAGACUCCGAACACUUUCAACCCCGGACACUUCCUGGAUGCUGAGGGCAAGUUUGUGAGGAGGGAUGCCUUUUUACCUUUCUCUGCAGGAAAGCGUGUAUGUCUGGGUGAAGGUCUGGCUAGAACUGAGCUGUUUUUGUUUUUCGUCAGUUUGUUGCAGAAGUUUUGUUUUUCCACUCUGGAUGGAGUUGAGCUUAGUACAGAAGGGAUCAUUGGAGCCACACGCACACCACUCCCUUUUAAAAUCUAUGCUAAGGCCCAUUGA